GACAAUGACAGAUUUACAAUUUGUUGUUUGUUUAACAGUAGCGUACUUAUAGAUAUGAUUGACAUGAAUAGGAAUACGGCAUUUGCAAUAGCUGGAAUUUGUGGAACUGCAUUUCUAGGAUAUUGUGUUUACUUUGACCGAAAACGAAGAAAUGACCCAGAUUUUAAAAAGAAACUACUAGAAAAAAGAAAGCAGUGGCAAACAAAGUCAAGUGGUGGAAAUACUACUGUAAUGCCAGACUUGCGUGAUGUAGAGGCAGUCCAGAAAUUCUUUCUCAAAGAGGUCCAGCUUGGUGAAGAAUUACUCGCAAGCGGUGACCAUGAGGGUGGUGUUGAACAUCUUACCAACGCUGUUGCCGUUUGUGGACAACCCCAACAGCUCCUACAAGUCUUACAGCAGACACUUCCACAACCAGUGUUUGCCAUGUUGCUCGAAAAACUUCCCUCCAUAAGUCAGAGAUUGGCUACCUCGCCUGCUAUGUCUUCUGCUGUUCCCAAACCAGAGGAACCAUCAUCUGCAACUAUUACUGACGUUGAUGAUUUAGAGUGAAAUAUAAACUGUGUUACAACUUUAUACAACAGAUGGGCAACAGGCCUUAUUUUUAAGCGGACAUACACUGCAUAACUUUACUUAAACAUAUGUACAAAUCUUUAAUUUGAUAAAUCAUGAUUUAAAAUUUAACAGAAUUUGUACGAGCAACAAUUCAUUUAUUGUUAAAUAAAAACACAUACGGACUCAAAA